AUGAAUUCAAGAUUCUAUAGUAUUAUUUUUUAUACAAUAUAUUUGAUUUCGUUCUUAUUGGUUAUUUAUUCAUUGAAUAAAUAUGAAAGGCAAAAAGUAUCUUCAAAAAGAAUAAAAAAUAUCUAUCAAUUUAUUGAAGAUAAUUAUCAAAAAAGACAAAACAUAGAUAAAUUAAAAAAUGGAAAAAAGGAAAUAAAUGAUUCUAGUUUGAGCAUAAAUUUAUAUAUUGUUUCUGCGUGUAGCAAAGAAAAUUCUGAUAUAUUUGGAGAAAAGUUAAAGGCUUUUAUUGAACAAAAAUAUACCACUUACUAUAAAGAAAAAGAAACAUCAUAUAAAUUAUUUAAUAAAAAAAAUAUUUUUUAUGUUAAUUUACAUUUAAUUAGUAAAAAAAUUAUGGAAAAUGAUAACAGAAAAAAAUAUUCUGAUAUAUGUAAAAAACUGCAUUCAAAAAAUGAACCUCAUGUUUUCAUUGGUAAUUAUUAUUAUGUAUAUGUAAAUAAUAAUUCAAAACAAGAAGAAAAUUUAUCCUUUAUAUUAUCAACAACAAAUAUAAUAGAAAUUUAUUAUAGCAAAGGACAAGGAAUUAAAAAUAACAGUUAUGAAGAAUACAUAAAUGAGUCUUGGAAUAUUAUAAAAAAUACUUUUUUAUUCAAAACAAUGAAUCGAAUGUUAGAAUUUACUCCCGAACUUGAUUUAAAUUUUUAUUUAGCUAGUAGUCUAUAUAAUGAAAAAAAUUAUAAAAUAGAGGAGCAUUCACUAGUCAAAGGAGAAAAUGAAAAAAAAAAUGUAAAUAUAAGUGAUAGUAAAAGAGUAAGUGGAAAUGAAAACAAAGUUAAAGAUGAUAAUGAAGAUAAUAAAACAAAUAAUAUUCAUGAUGAUAUGCAUAUUAAAAAAAAUAAUGAAAACUUAAAAAUUCCUGUUUCUAUUGCCACUUGGAAUUUUUAUGAUGAUUUUUAUUAUCCUUAUAUGAGAAAUUUUAUAGAAAGAUUAUUAAAUGUAUUUCAAAUAAAUAUUUAUCCUCAAAUAAUAGGUAACAUAAAUUUGUUUAAAAUAUCCGAAAAAGCUGAUGUGUAUAUAAAAGAAAAACAAGUAAAUCUACGAAAUAACACUAGAUUAAUAUUGUUAGAUAAAGUAACUAAGUUUACAAAUAUAUUUGAUGAUGUAUCAUUUGAUAAUAUUUUAAAAAAACCUACGUAUGAAAUUCCCAAAAAUAUAAAUUUAAUAGUUAUUUUUCCUAAUGAAGAAGAAAUUUUUUUUUAUAAUAAUUUAAAUGAAAAAAUAGAAACAGCAGUUUCUUUUAUAGAAUGGGGUAUAAUACAUAUAAAUAAUUCAUUCACACGUUUGAAAAAAUUUGAAAAAAAAGAGAAAAAAGUUAUAAAUGUUUCAGCAGAAGCUCAUGCUAUUAGUGGAAUAUUUGUUUCUCACUUAAGAAGAUUUUUAGGUUUAUGUGCAAACUUCAGUGAUUGUAUUUUUAAUAUUUUUGAUACUGAUGAAUAUCAAAUAAAAUAUUUAAGUACAAUAUCCAGAGAUAGUGAUAGUUCUAUUUCUUAUUCAAUUACUACGAAGAAUAACUUAGUUUUUUCAUUUAUUUAUUAUAUUCCAAUAAAAAAUAGUAUAUCUGAUUAUGAGACAUUAACAUUAAUUCGUGAAGCAUAUGAAUAUCAUAUAAUGGAAUCACUAAAAAAUGUAAACAAAUUUUUAUCUAUAUCAAAUAUAAGUAUAUAUAUGAAGGUCCCCUUAUAUACACUUAAUGUUUUUAACAACAUUUUAAACAAUAUUGAAUGUAGUUUAAGAUAUAUGGAAGGACAAACUUGUAAAUUUAUUCAUAUAAAUGAGAUAGUAGAAAAAAAAUUUGGGCAUUAUUUAAAAAAUAAUAAUUAUUAUAAAAAAGAAAUAUACUUAAAGAUUGCUUUAAUUUUGGCACAAUCUGCAUAUCAAGAUUCUUUACAAUUAUUAAAUGAUGAUAAAUUCCAUAUAUAUGACAUUCUAUCUAAAGAUUUUUUAUUAGCUACUAUGCUACCAAUAGUUUUUCCUUUUGUUUUUCCAGUUGCAUUUGCACUAUUCAAAGAAUUUUUUAAAAAUAUUAAAAUAAGAAAAGUAAAAAUGGAUUAA